CUGCGGCGGGGGAAGCGAGGCAGUCCGCGGCCGGCCACGCUGCUGGGGAAGCGCUCAGCAAUGGCCGAGAGCUCAGCUGCGGCAGCAGCAGGGACAGCGGCACCAACUGUGCUAGAUGAGCUCCUGGAGAUCACAGCUCAGAGUCUGGUGCGCACCGAGGUGACCGAGCACUAUGAGGUUAUUCGGGAGCUGGGCAGGGGCAAGUACGGCCACGUGAUGCUAGUGAUCCACAGACAGAGAGGGACUCCUAUGGCUCUCAAGCUGCUACCCAAAGCCAGUACCAAGCUGCACACCUUCCUGUAUGAGUACUGUGUGGCACUCUCCCUCGCCACCCACCCUGCCAUCAUCAGCAUGUUUGGAAUUGCCAUUGAGUCCAGCCAGUACUAUGGCUUCCUCUACGAACCAGCGCUGCACAAAGACCUCAUCUCUAUCAUCAAACCCCGCGACGGGAUCCCCGAGCCAGCUGCUAAGCAGUGUGCCAAGCAGCUCGUGAGCGCGCUGGAGUUCAUCCACAGCCGGGGGCUCGUGUACCGUGACGUCAAGCCUGAGAACGUGCUGCUUUUUGAUCCCGAGUGUCGACGCAUCAAGCUGACUGACUUUGGGCUUACACGGCCCAAAGGUACCAAGCUGAAGCUGGUGGCCGGGGUAAUCCCCUACACUGCGCCUGAGCUGAGCAACACCGCUGAUGCCCAGGGCGUGCCCAUCGACACCAGCUUGGAUGCCUGGGCCUUCGGCGUGCUGCUUUUCUGCCUGCUGACUGGCUACUUCCCCUGGGAGCAAAGCCUGCCAGAUGACCCUUUCUUUGAGGACUUCAUGCUGUGGCAGGAGACGGGCCUGGAGGAGGACCUGCCGCGCCACUGGAAACGCCUGACAUCUGAGGCCGCCCUGAUGCUGCGGAGCCUGCUGGCCCUAGAUCCCACCAAACGUGGCCCUGUCAGCGGGGUGCUGCGCUACGUCGAUUGCCCUUGGCGGCUGGAGGACGGGCGCAGCGAGGAGGCUGCAGUGAAGCCCUAG